AUGAGUAAACAGAUCAUGACAAAGUAUUGGAGAGCAAUCCAUCAACAGUACAAAGGACACAUCCCAUUCGAAAUGGCUCUGAAGACGUUGAUGGAGCAAGAGUACGACUUCUGCCGAGCACUGGAUUCUAUCGAGAAAUGUCUCCUUGUCCUGCCACAACGAAUGAAGGCAAUCACCCGAGGACAAGCGAUAUUAAGAUUAUGUUUCAUGUUUAAUUACGAAUUCGAUCCAAGAAGAAUGGUGCAACUGUUGCUCCCAAAAAUGGCAUAUGUAGAAAGUCACUAUCUCGAACUCGAGCCAUGCUUCAUUGAUAACGUCGAUGCUGAGCAAGUUGUCGACAUUCGACCCGAUGACUCACUUCAAAAAGCUGUAAUGCCUAAAUCGGAUUACUGUGGAUUUGAAGGAGACGACGAGAUUCCACCAGUCUAUCGAGCUCAAUUACGUGCAGUCCAGAAAACAAAGACUGCUGAAAACGCGGUGGCAAAAUCAUCGUACAUUUAUGGAAUCGACGAGAAAGAGAAGUCGAUGAGCAAAGAGAAAAUAAGUUCAAAUGACGCUGCUCAAUCUGUUGAAUACUACGUUCCAGGAUUCUCUCCACCACCACAAAACGAUGAAGUUCAAAAAAGACUUGAUUUCUCUCUUCCAAAGAUUCAAGCGGUUGAAGCAACUGAACAUGUAUUCGAUAUCAAGGGAAAACAUGAAGAAUUUCCGAAAAAGAGCGAAAUGGAAAGUCAGAUCUCGUAUACUUCAUCUGAUAUCACUUCAUCAAUUGCCUCGUGUCUUACAGCUACGCUUGGACCCACUUAUGGAGAUCUCAACAACCAUUCGCCAGGGCGUUUCGAUAAAUACAAGGGCCUGAGUGCAUUCCAGCCAGUUACCAAUUGUAUUCAAUCUCAAUAUGUAUCGGAGGAACUCAACUAG